CCCGGCGACGGUCGCUGCUCCUUUUUUUUUUUCCUUCUCGUCGAGCAGGGGGUUGUAGACACAGCUGGAAGGAUAAUAAGAUGCGCACGAAUUUACAAAUCUGGAAUAAAAGAUAAAAGAGAAGAAUAAAUGGACGACUCGGUUAGUCUGCGCGCGCCCGCGUGUACAAUUUAUGUCGGUAUUCGUUCCAUGAGACGUUGAGCUGCGACGCUGCGCUUCUGUGUGCGACUUCCACAAAGUGCAGCAUUUUAAAUUCGGACUCCGCUUUCCUCAGUUGAUGGAGUUACAAAGUGUCUUCAGUAAACUCACAAUGGAAAGAAAAGCGCCCUUCGCUGACUGUGAAGGUAAAGUAUCAUUUCAGAUGCAUUUAAGGCGACGUUUGGCUGUAAAGGGGCUUUUUGCGCGUAGACGACACGUAAAACUGCAACAAAGUCCUCUGAAUGUGUGAAUCCAGGUCUUGUAUAACUUGUUUUGCUGGCAUUGUAGACUCGGGUUGUGCUCUGCCAGCGAGCCUAUCGAAAGUGGGAGGGGUGCAGAUGUUAGGAAGCCCUGGUUCCAGAUGUUUGCGGAGGUGGAAUUCUUGUAAACACCGACAUGAUACGCUUUAUCAACUUUUACGCGUCCUUUGGGCUACGUUCUUUGUUGUUGUUGUUGUUGUUGUUGUUGUUGUUGUUGUUGUUUUUUACCGUUUUGCGCACGAGCAUAACGGCCCGUUGUGAUGGUUUUGUUAAGUUUUCCAAACGUCGAUAGCAAAGUGAAAACGACUGCUGUUACGAACAAAAGUUGAAGCUGUCGCCCCUCGAGCACGGUGCAUUUACAUGAUGGCUGUGUGAGUUGUCUUAAAGGUAACCCUGGCAAGCUCUUUUAACCAACACAAUGCAAGGCAACAGCAACACACAGCACGAGUGAUCAUCUAAGAGAUAAUCUAUGAGAAGUAACAAUUUAAAGUUUUAAGAAUUCAUUCUAGCACAGGCAAAUAUUGAUGAAGAUUAUUUGGGGUCUUAAUUUAAAAAAAAGAAAAGAAAUGGACAAGCCUGGCUGACUAUUUGUGUGUAAAUUGAUUCCUACAUGAAUUCAACCCAAGAGUGUUCACAAAGGGAAGAAAAGUAGCUGUCUCAUACAUACAGCCGGGCUGCCCUAAGGCUCAGCAGAAUGAGAGCUCCUAAUGUGCCCCCGUCCUUCACUAUCUCUGCUGUUUCUUUUAGAUAGGUGACUGCUUUUUUUUCAUUGUAAAAAUAGCACUGUGUGUGUUUUUGUCUCUGUGUGUAUGUUUGCGGUGACAGGCUUCCUGUGGUCAGAGUGGAUAACUGACUUCAGUAAGGAGAAGGAGCUCCACUCCAGGAUAUGAAGCUCGCUGCAGUGACUUUACUGCAGAAGUCUGCCGAGUCUUCACAGACGUUUUUCCUCCAUCACCUGCCCGCGUCUCGUGAAUGAGUGUGUGUUGUGUAAGCUCAGGCGGGCGGACCCUCUUAAUUUAUGAGAAACAAUGUCACUUUGAUAAAAGAACACACAAACAGAGCUGGCUCACUACCACUGAUGAGGACCAAAGAUCUCCCCUGUCAAGAGUCAGCUGUGUUUCUUUCUGCCGGCCCUCUCUGAAACCUCCGCCGUUCAGCGCUCCGCGUUGCCAUUGGAAGAAACCCAAUGUCUGCCUCCUCUCCCCCAUCCUUACCUCGAGCCUUCCUCCACUCUCUCCAUCCGCACCACCCGUCCGGACCGUUGUACGCGCGGCUGUCCAACGGCGGUCACAGCGUCCCCAGCCCCACCAACUCUUUCCACGGGGUGUCCUUCCUGCUGCAGAUAGGACUGACCAGAGAGACGGUGAACCUGGAGCCCAGUGACCUGUCGCUGUCCGCUGUCAAGGACCUGGUGUGCUCCAUAGUGGACCAGAAGUUCCCAGAGUGCGGCUUCUUUGGCAUGUACGACAAGAUCCUGCUGUUCCGCCACGACUUAAACGACGAGAACAUCCUGCAGAGGCUGACCUCGGCAGAGGACAUCCACGAAGGAGACCUCAUUGAGGUGGUGCUCUCUGAUUUGUUUUGCUUUUACCAACUUUUAGUUCGACCACUUUCUGUAUUGUUUCUAGCUCAGGCCACAGUUGAAGACUUCCAGAUCCGACCCCAUGCCCUUUACGUCCACUCCUACAAGGCACCCACCUUCUGCGAUUACUGUGGGGAGAUGCUCUGGGGUCUCGUCCGGCAGGGGCUUAAAUGUGAAGGAUGUGGGCUGAACUACCACAAGCGCUGCGCCUUUAAGAUCCCAAAUAACUGUACCGGUGUCAGGAAGAGGCGACUGUCCAAUGUCUCACUGCCCGGACCCUGCCUCUCCGUCCCCCGACCGGCACCUGUGGAGAAUGCCGUGGUCGUCCUGGAAGAGCAGAGGUCCCAUCAGGAGGCAGGGAAGAGGAUCCUGUCCUGGAGCGGCAGGCCUAUCUGGAUGGAGAAGAUGGUGCUGGGACGGGUCAAGGUGCCGCACACCUUCGCCAUUCACACCUACACUCGCCCCACUAUCUGCCAGUACUGCAAGCGUCUGCUCAAGGGUCUCUUUCGCCAGGGCAUGCAGUGUAAAGACUGCAGAUUCAACUGCCAUAAGCGAUGCGCUUCAAAGGUACCUCGGGACUGUUUGGGGGAGGUGGACUUCAACGGAGAGCCAGCCAGCCCUGGACCAGACUCCGACACUACUAUGGAUAAUAUGGAGGUGGACAGUGGCGACAUGGAUGGCGGCAGAGGACUGGACGACCCCGAGGAACCCUCCACCCCAGAUGAGAGAAUGUUCGACAUGGAUUCUCCCUUAUUGGAUAGAGAGAAGGACGAAGAGCCCAUCAAGACUAUUAGCCCUUCCACCAGCAGCAACAUCCCUCUGAUGCGGGUGGUCCAGUCCAUCAAACACACCAAGAGGCGGAGCUCCACUCUAGUGAAGGAGGGCUGGAUGGUUCAUUAUACGAGCAGGGACAACCUGCGGAAGAGACAUUACUGGAGGCUGGAGAGCAAGAGUCUGAGUCUCUUCCAGAACGACACCGGAGCCAAGUUCUACAAAGAAAUCCCUCUGUCCGAGAUCCUCCAGGUGGAACAGUGCAGAGACUACAGUAAUCUGGCCCAGGGCAGCAACCCACACUGCUUCGAGAUCAUCACAGCCACCAUGGUCUACUAUGUAGGGGAGAACAACUACAGUCACUACCACAGCCCCGCGCUGGCCGCCUCAGGAGUCGGCAUGGAUGUGGCUCAGGGCUGGGAGAAGGCCAUCAGACAGGCCCUGAUGCCCGUCACCCCUCAGCCCAGUGUGGCCAGUCCUGCUGGCCAGGGCAAAGAUCACAAAGAGCUGUCCAUCAGCAUAUCUGUGUCCAACUGCCAGAUCCAGGAGAACGUGGAUAUUGCUUCAGUGUACCAAAUAUUCUCUGAUGAGGUGCUGGGAUCCGGCCAGUUUGGCAUUGUGUAUGGAGGCAAACACAGGAAGAGCGGCAGAGAUGUGGCCAUCAAAGUUAUUGACAAGAUGAGAUUUCCUACUAAGCAGGAGAGCCAGCUAAGGAACGAGGUGGCCAUAUUACAGAAUCUGCAUCACCCAGGUAUCGUCAACUUGGAGUGCAUGUUUGAGACGCCGGAGCGGGUGUUCGUCGUCAUGGAGAAGCUGCACGGCGACAUGCUGGAGAUGAUUCUGUCCAGCGAGAAGAGCAAACUGCCUGAACGCAUCACCAAGUUCCUGGUCACACAGAUCCUGGUGGCGUUGAGACAUCUGCACUUCAAAAACAUUGUUCACUGUGACUUGAAGCCUGAGAAUGUACUACUGGCCUCGGCAGAGCCUUUUCCUCAGGUAAAGCUGUGCGACUUUGGCUUCGCCCGUAUCAUCGGCGAGAAGUCGUUCCGGCGCUCGGUGGUUGGCACCCCGGCUUACCUGGCUCCAGAGGUGCUGCGCAGUAAAGGCUACAACCGCUCCUUAGACAUGUGGUCAGUGGGAGUCAUUGUGUACGUCAGCUUGAGUGGGACUUUCCCUUUUAAUGAGGACGAGGACAUUAACGACCAGAUCCAGAAUGCUGCUUUCAUGUACCCCCCUACGCCCUGGAAGGACAUCUCCGCGGAGGCCACAGAUCUGAUCAACAAUCUUCUCCAAGUCAAGAUGAGGAAGAGGUACAGCGUUGACAAGUGUCUCAGCCAUCCCUGGUUACAGGACUAUCAGACAUGGCUGGACCUCAGGGAGUUUGAGACGCGGCGAGGCGAGCGCUACAUCACCCACGAGAGCGACGACGCACGCUGGGAGGAGUACGCAGACGAGCAGAGUCUCGUUCACCCAAAACACUUCAUCAUGGCUCCCAACCUGGACGACAUGGAAGAGGACCCCUAGUGGCACAGCCGGGGACUUACUACACCACACGUAUUAAAAAAAGGACAAGAAGUUUCACAGGGAGACUUUUGGGAGCGGCGGAUGUACCCCCCCCCAGAACUGUUUGUUGUGGAAACAGAGAGAAGCCGAUCAGGUGGAGAAUCGUUCUCCGGAGGCUUUGAAGUGGGGAAAAUCCCAACAGAAUUCAUAGCAUGAUGCGCUGCUACAAGCAGCAUGCAGGUGGAGAUGCGCGCCACAGAAAACGCAUUAAGAAACUGUCAGGAGAGAAGAGUGUUCGUCUUCUUUUUGCACGAUAUCAAAACAUUCCAUGGAUUUCCUCGAGUUUGGUUCGUUGUUGAAAACAAUCACAAACCAAAAACAAGGUGAACUUAAUAGUUUAGUUAUUGUACUCACAAUUUUGGAUAACUUUGAGUAAUAAUAUGACUCUGUUCUUUAUGUGAGAGAAGAGAUCGGAUAGAGAGCUUACCCCAGGAGUAAAGGGCACUUUUCACAAGGGAUUUACAGUGUGAGAAUUUAAAAACACAUGAGUUUUGUUCUCAUUUCCCAUCUGUUUGUGAGACUGUCUUUUGGCAUGAAACUGGAACUAUCACAUAUAUUUGUAUGUUUUUUUUAAGAAUAUGUAUUUCCUAAAUGUGGUAGA